GACAGCCAUUGCACUGGAAAUCGUGUGCAGGGUAAAACAAUCACCUCUGAAUACCAUUUCCCUCUGUAGUUUUUUUUUCUUAAUCUUCUAUACAGGGUCAAAAAUAACAAUUUUGGUCCCACACAUUGCCUUUUUUGUUUCCAGAAAAAAAGAAACGUAUUAAUGGAGCUGACCCUGUGACUGUUAAGGCGUCAGGAAGUAAAUUUGAAACAUUUCUUAUUCCCAAUGUUUAGGGGAUCCCUACUAUGAUUGUGCUACAAGAUCCACUUCGUCUAAUCUUUUAUUUGUAUGAGUGAAAGUAUCUUCCCGAGUGAUGAGGGAAGUACCACAACAAAACACAAACAUGAGGUGUAGUACUAAGUUCUGUUUCCUAGCAACCCCCUCCCCUGGUCCACGCGCGCGCGUCACUUGGCCCCUCCUCCAGAUCUCGCGCGCCGAACUAGUCCCUGUCAGCUCGCGAGCUCGUACGACACACCGUCUCCAUGGCAACCAGCGCGCUCCCCGGCUCCUGUCAAAGCCAGAGGAUGGAGGCUGCAGCGGCGGCUGCUCUGGGCAGUGCGGUAACCGGAGGGCCUCCCCCGCCUCAGGAUCAACCACCGCCUCCCCCGCCUGUGAGAGACAGGUUAGCCGGGAUGCAGAAAGGUGGCGGCGUGUGCUCCCGUUCGUACUUUGUGGUGGUGAUGGUGUUCGUGCAUGUGUACAUAUUAAAUGUCAUCGCGCUGCUGCUCUACGUGUACUACACUAAUGGCAACCAGCACGGUACCGAACUAGGCGCAGAUACAGAGCAGGCGGCUACAGGGACACCACCAGCCCCGCCGGACACCAGACCAAUCCCGCGCCUGGAGGAACUAGCCGGUCCCUACACAUAUCUGCCCAGACUGGAGGGCAUUAAGGUUGGUUACAGACAGAGGGUGAACUUGGUUCCAGACAAAAUUCAUGAAAUGAGGACUCUGAGUUUAAAGCCUUUGCUAUUUGAAAUCCCUAAUUUUCUCACGGAAAAAGAGUGCAAGUUACUCAUCCACCUGGCCAGGUUGAAAGGACUCCAGACCAGCCAGAUUUUGCCAGUAGAUGGUUACAAAGAAGCCAUGGACAACCUUGAUAUCAGCAAGGCUGACAUCUUUAAUCUGUUGGAUCACAACCAGGAUGGGCAACUGCAAAUAAAAGAGGUAUUAACCCACUCUCGCUUAGGCAACGGCAGAUGGAUGACCCCAGAGAAUAUCAGAGAGAUGUAUUCUGCACUGAGAGCUGAUCCAGAUGGAAAUGGAGUCCUAAGCCUGAAUGAAUUCAAGAAACUAAACCUCAAGGACUUUCAUAAAUAUUUGGGCAAACAGGAGGUCACCAUGAGUGAUCUGGUCAGGAAUAGUCAGCAUACUUGGCUGUACCAGGGAGAAGGUGCUCAUCAUAUGCUGAGAUCCAUUCGUCAGAGGGUCAUUAAACUUACCCAUCUACCCAUGGACAUAGUAGAGAACAGUGAGCCUUUGCAGGUGGUGAGGUACGACACAGGAGGACAUUAUCACGCUCAUAUGGACAGUGGCCCCGUGUUCCCAGAAACUGCAUGCACCCAUACAAAGCUAACAACCAACGAAACGGCUCCUUUUGAAACCUCCUGUCGCUAUGUGACUGUGCUGUUUUACUUGAAUAACGUUACAGGGGGAGGAGAGACCACUUUUCCAGUAGCAGAUAACAGAACAUAUGAGGAAAUGUCCUUGAUACAGAAUGAUGUUGAUCUCAGAGAUACAAGGAAGCAUUGCGACAAGGGGAACCUGAGAAUAAAACCACGGCAGGGAACCGCGGUCUUCUGGUACAAUUAUCUGUCUGAUGGAAAAGGUUGGGUCGGGGACGUUGAUGAGUUUGCUCUGCACGGAGGCUGUCUAGUCACAGCAGGAACCAAAUGGAUCGCAAACAACUGGAUUAAUGUGGAUCCCAACAAGCAUCGGCAGCUUUGGUUCCAGCAGGAGAUGGCCCGAUAUGGCAAAGAGGAGAGUGAAGUACAACGAGAUUGGGCAGUAGAUAAGUCUUACAAGGACAUGCACGUUGACCUAUAAAGCUGAAGAGUCUCCUGG